AUGAUCGUGAUGCUAACGAUGCGGAGCUGGGCUGAGGACACCGCAGUUGACCCAACGCCGACCACCGUUGAAACAAACCCUGAUGACACCGAUCUGAACGCUUUAUGCGAGCCCGCGUGCAAUCUUGAUCUAAACCAAGGUUGGGGCCAAACUGUACUGGACAAUAUGCUAGAUGCGAUUAAUCAAACGCGAACGAACUUGAGUUUCCGCCGUAUUCUGGCUAAAACACCACUCGGUAAUACUCGCAAUUGUGAUGUCACCAUACAAUUGGUUGAUGGAGGAGGGCGACAAUACGUAUGCGAUGUCAAUAUCUACGAUGACGGCACCAGUACCCAUACAUACAAUAUCGGUAGAGUGACCGGCUGUUAA